UGUUUUUUAAAACACAGCAAAAGGUGAAAUUAAAAUCCCGCUCAAUCCCCUAAAAUAACUUUUGGUUGCCCGCUCGCUGCUUUCUCUUUUUCUCAACAGUUAACAGACUUCAAUUUUAUUCACCAAAGUAUAGCACCUGACAGAAUCGUUUCUAAUUUUCCAUUUUUCAUUUUCUUCUGAAACAAAAACCCCAUUGUUGCAAACUGGAAUUUUGUGGAAACUGAGUCUCUCCCUUUUCUUUUUCUCUUCUUUUGGCUCUGGAAUUUGAAAAACGAAAAAUAAAAAAACAGGAUGAGUACUGAAGCAGUUAAGAGAAGCACCACCGGAGCUCUAACGGUGAAACAACGGAAAAUCGAUGAAUUGAAGCCUUCUCCGGCGCUUACUGCAGAACCCAAGAAAGUUAUCAUCAAAAGCGCCGACAUGAAAGACGACAUGCAAAAAGAGGCUGUCAAUAUCGCCAUCUCCGCUUUCGAGAAGAACAAUGUAAAGAAAGAUGUAGCAGAUUACAUUAAGAAAGAAUUUGACAAGAAAUAUGGACCUACUUGGCAUUGCAUUGUUGGUAGCAAUUUUGGUCCCAACAAGACUCUGCUUCGUUCACUGGGUCAUCGCCAUUUUUCGGAUUUAACUGGAACAAAAGCCAAACGAAACUAUGCUAACAAUGUCUCUGAGUACAACACUGUCCUCGCUUCUCUCAAUGCCAAACGAAGCAAAGGCAAUAGAAGAUAUGAUGUUAUUGAAUGUGAUCCACUAGUUCGCAAAGGACUUGAGAAAACUGCUAAGCACAUGGUUAUUCCUUAUAUGUCGAUGUUACUGCCUCCACAAAACUGGACAGGGUAUGUACUCAAGGUCCUAUCUUUGUACAGUUUAUUCCCUGAUGAACUUUGUGAUACUUUGGCAGGUUUAGGUAAGAUCAAUCCUUGGUUGUUUAAUCUUGCUGUUUCGGGUUCGAAGAACUGUAUGAAAGAAAUCUGUUAAAUUGCUGCUAUUAAUGAGGUUCAUUGGCAUCUUCUCCUGAUGAGAGUGUAGUUUAUCAAGCUUUAAACUUUGCAUUGUCCUCCGAGGUAUUAGAAUUCCUAGUUCAAAACUUAGCAAUUUGUCUUUUAUAAAAGACCUUUGCAUUUUUAGUGUUGUUUAGAUUUGCAAAUAAGAUGUUGUAUUUGGACUUGCUGUUAGUAAAAGACUUGUAUUUUACUUA